GCGCGCCGCGCUGGUUUCCGGGGGUGGCUGCUGCGGCGACAUGCUUGCGGAGCUGGGUUUAAUCGGGACCAUAGGCGAAGAUGAUGAGGUGCCAGUGGAGCCAGAGACUGACUCCGAAGACCAGGAGGAGGAGGGGCCCACUGUGCUGGGCAGAAAGCAGAAAGCCUUGCAGAAGAACCGCAGUGCCGAUUUCAACCCUGACUUUGUUUUCACUGAGAAGGAGGGGAUGUACGAUGGCAGCUGGGUCACGGCUGACGUCAUAAGCCAGCUCAAGAAGAAGAGGGCAGCCACGACAUUAGAUGAGAAGAUUGAGAAAGCUCGAAAGAAAAGGAAAACAGAGGAUAAAGAAGCCAAGUCUGGGAAGUUAGAGAAGGAGAAAGAAGCAAAGGAGGGCUCUGAACCUGAGGAGCAGGAAGACUUUGAAGGGAAAGAUGAGGAAGCCACAAAAGAUGAAGAAUCAGAGACUGAAUACUCGUCAGCUGAUGAGAACGUCCUCACCAAAGCAGAUACACUCAAAGCAAAGGAGCAGCAGAAGAAGAAAGGACAGGAAGCAGGAGGAUUUUUUGAAGAUGCAUCUCAGUAUGAUGAAAACCUCUCAUUCCAGGACAUGAACCUUUCCCACCUUCUUCUGAAGGCCAUCACAGCCAUGGGCUUCAAGGACCCCACACCGAUCCAGAAGGCAUGCAUACCUGUGGGUGUGUUGGGGAAGGACAUCUGUGCCUGUGCAGCCACUGGGACAGGUAAAACUGCGGCUUUUGCCCUGCCCGUCUUGGAGCGUCUGAUCUACAAACCCCACCAGGCUCCGGUGACCCGUGUGCUGGUGCUGGUUCCCACCCGGGAACUGGGCAUCCAGGUGCACUCCGUCACCAAGCAGCUGGCCCAGUUCUGCAGCAUCACCACCUGCCUGGCUGUGGGCGGCGUGGACGUGAAGUCUCAGGAAGCAGCCCUCCGGGCAGCGCCUGACAUCCUCAUCGCCACCCCGGGCCGGCUCAUUGAUCACCUCCACAACUGCCCUUCCUUCCACCUGAGCAGCAUCGAGGUGCUCAUCCUGGAUGAGGCUGACAGGUUUCUGCUCCAGCUGUCACUUUGCUGGCCACUCUAUAACAGUUCCUGGGACUUCCCUGGUGAUCAAGAAAGGCUGUGGAAGUUUCAGACUGAGACCAAAGAGACACGACAACUAAAGGUGAUACCUGUCCCUCAACUGCAGCCUGAACUGGACGAGAAAUACUGUAAAGGAUUGGUUGCAGAAAGGCUGAUGUCAACCCAUAAAAAGAAACAGAGCAAAGAGAAUGGAGAGUGA